UCACUACAAAAUCCUAAAUUUAUUCAUCCUGCAACCAGUUUUACUCAUUGUUUAUAGUGGACAUCACCUAACAUCGUGAUAUCCGUUUUGGAUUGCUCUUCAAAAUUUUCCGUGCUCUGAUUAAUGGACCACUUUUAGAUUCGCACGAAUUCACUUAUCAUAUAAAUGUUUUGUUAAAACUGCAAGCAUGGUUUGUUUUUAUCAAGCCUCGAGUGAACCCGACGUACUUAUUGCUGAUACAAUACAGAGAGAAUACGAACAUCGGAACCGUAAACACUUAUGCUCCACACGCUGAUAACACACGCUCUUUUUUUGCAUUCUUUACUGCCGCUACUCUUUCCAAAUAAAUUGAUGAGUGACGCUGCUCGAAUUGUCACAUCAUGAUCAUCGCAUCAGCGGACAUGAUGUUGGUUUCCCGGUCAAUUCGCUUAGCUAUUUGCCUUGUGGUGUGUGUAGGCUUACUUGAACAAGGUGUUCAUGUAAAUGCCAAACCGUUCGAAACAAAGGCCUCGCAAUGUGGCUAUCAGAGUUGUAACAAAGCUCGUACGGAUGCUUUGAACGUCCAUUUGGUUCCUCAUUCGCACGAUGAUGUCGGUUGGCUCAAAACGGUUGAUCAAUACUUUACCGGAACAAAAACCAAUAUUCAACGGGCUAAUGUAAAUGCAAUUAUAUCAUCCGUGGUGCUUGCAUUAAAAGAAAAUCCCGAACGACGGUUCAUUCAAGUGGAAACCGCGUUCUUCCAUCAAUGGUGGUCGGAGCAAAACGAUGCAACCAAGAAAACCGUGCAUGAAUUGGUCGAAAAUGGCCAACUGCAGUUUACUGGAGGUGCCUGGAGUAUGAACGAUGAAGCUGCUGUUCAUUAUCAAGCCGUAAUCGAUCAGUUUACGUUUGGUUUGAAGUUUUUGAAUGAAACAUUCGGCGAAUGUGCUCGCCCGAUGGUCGGGUGGCAAAUUGAUCCGUUCGGUCACAGCAGCGAAAUGGCUUCCAUUUUUGCGCAUAUGGGUUACGAUGGUGUGUUCUUUGCUCGUGUGGAUUGGAGGGACAAAAUGGAGAGACUCAAUAAUAAAAAGGCUGAUAUGAUAUGGCAAGGCAGUAAUAAGUUAGGUGCCUCGUCAAACAUUUUCACUUCGCUGCUUUACAACCACUACAGUGCACCCAGUGGCUUCUGCUUUGAUGUUUUAUGCCAGGAAGAUCCGAUUGUCACUGAUGAACGCAACAGCGAAUACAAUUUCAAAUCGAAAGUAGAAAACUUCAACAAUUUCAUUCGGUCCCAAGCUUCCCAUUACAAAACAAACAACAUUAUUAUUACAAUGGGUGAUGAUUUCAACUACCAAGACGCUGUUUCUUACUAUAGAAACAUGGAUAAACUGAUUGAAGGUUUCAAGCUAUGGCCACAAAAAUUCCGUGAUCAAGACAUUAACCUGUUCUACUCCACACCAGCUUGUUACGUGAAAGCAGUCAACGAUGCUGUUAACUCCAACGAUAUUGAAUUACCAUUGGAAACCUAUGAUUUCUUCCCGUACGCUAGCGAUUACAAUUCCUACUGGUCAGGUUAUUACACUUCUCGUCCGGCGUCCAAACGCUCCGAAAAAUCAUCGAGUAACUUGCUUCAAAUCCACAAACAAUUGGCGACUUUCACACGAAACGCCGGCGAAGACGAAAUCGUUCAAAUGCAAAAAUCUGUUGGUAUUAUGCAGCAUCACGACGCCAUUACUGGUACGGAAAAACAACAUGUCGCUAAUGACUACGCAAGGAUUAUGGAUGAAGCUUUCAAGGAUAGUGAAAUGAAAAUUAAUGGAUACAUUUCAAAACUACUGAGUAGCAAUUCUUCGCAGCAGAUUUCAUUAAAUUUGAAGCAGUGCUUAUUGAAAAACGAAACAAUUUGCGCUGAAAGCACUUCUGACACGUUCACAGUUGUUGUUUACAAUCCUCUCGUCCACAAAACAAAGUACCCUGUGAGAUUCCCAGUGAAUUCAUUGAAUUUUGCUAUCACUGGACCAAAUGAUGAAAGCGUAAAUUAUCAAAUCAGUGACAGCAUUGCAUUUGAAGAAGGAAAAGAAAAUGGUAACCAGUACGAGUUGACUUUCAUUGCUGAGUUAGACGCGUUGGGAUUAAAAGUUUAUAACGUGAAGAAAUCAUCGACUGUUGGUUAUGAAAUGGAUAAACCAACCACCGAUGCAUGCAAAUGCAAAUUAGGAGGAAUUGCUAGGGGUGUUAAUAUUGAUUCGUCAACUGGUCUUUUGGAGUCCGUCACAAUUAAUGGUAAAGAACUGAAGGUGCGCCAAGAAUUGCUUUACUACCUGAGUGCUCAGGGCGACAAUUCUGAGUUUUCAAAACGUUCCUCCGGAGCAUACAUUUUCAGAAAUUUGAAUGGUACUGUUGCACAACAAAUGUCUGAUAAGGUGGAAUUUACAACGUACAAAGGAGAAAUUUACGAUGAAAUUCAUCAGGUGUUUGGCGAUUGGGCCAAACAAACGAUAAGAGUUUACCACGAUGAAGGUGUUAAUGAUAACAUUGAGUUCGAGUGGUAUGUUGGGCCUAUUCCUGUCGAUGAUGAGCAAGGAAAAGAAGUGAUUUCUCGUUUUACUACCGAGUUAGAAACUGGUAGAGAUUUCUAUACCGAUUCAAAUGGCAGGGAGAUGAUCCACAGAAUUCGAGAUUUCCGUCCAACAUAUACCUACACCAAUGAGGAGCCCAUUGCUGGAAAUUACCAUCCUGUAACCGCUCAGAUUACCAUUACGGAUGGAACUACAAGGCUUAGUGUUUUGAAUGAUCGUUCACAGGGUGGCACUAGUUUAGAAUCUGGACAAGUGGAAGUAAUGGUUCAUCGCAGAAUGUUGAGAGAUGAUGCAUUUGGAGUUGGUGAGGCCUUAAACGAAAAGGAUGGCGAUCAAGGUUUGAAGGUACGCGGACGCCAUUACCUGACCAUAACUACACCAGAAACACAAAUCAUUGAACGUCGUUUGGCCAAUCGCAUUUCUAUGGAACCCUGGGUAUUCUUUGACAGCACAUCUGACGUUUCAAAUUUAAGUCUGAAGAAAGAGUUUACUGCACUUAAACAAACAUCUAAUUCAGUAGAUGAAGUUGUCAAGCUAUUAACCCUGGAACCAAUUUUAAGUCAUAAAAGUACCCUUCUCAUUCGUUUGGAAAACUUCUGUGAUUGGGAUGACAAAAAGCAAGUUACUGUAAACCUUGAGGACUUUUUCGUUAACUUUGACAUCAUGACGUUGGAAGAAGUAAACUUGGCUGGAAACAUCCUUAAAGACAGACUGGCUUGGAAUCAAUAUCCAUCUGUCAAGACUUCAAACAUUAAAGAUUCGUUUGAAGUGACUUUGAAACCGUUUGAAAUUAAAACGUUUAAAGCCAUUGUUAAUUAUAAGUCAUCUUUGUAUUGAUUUGUAUGACCGAUAAGAAUUCUAUUAUGAAAAUUAAAUCAAUUUAACUUGACAGAA